AUGAAUGCGGAGGAGGCAGAACUGCUCAAGCAGGAAGAGCUUGUGCAGCUCAUCUUGCAAGAUUGGAGAAUGUGGUGGGAUGCCGAUGAGAGACUCAACUAUGGCGAAGUUGCGAUCCGCCUUUUGUUCUGGUGGGACAAACCCGAUUCACUCGGAAACAGAUACUACUGGCAAAGCACAAGAUACGUAUUUGAUCACGAGACGAGAUUUAGGGAUAUCCUGGAGGAGUUUAUCGGGGAGUAUAUGAGCCAUGUUCAAGGGGACCCGAGGCCGGAGGAAUUCGAUCUAGACUGGAGCGGAUAUGAGAGCUUCCUGAGUCUCCAUCUUUCUCCCUCCCAUUACAUUCAUAUGGUCCCCUUUGCUACUAUUGUCAUCGAUCCCAAGUAG